AUGGGCCCUCGGUCCGUGUGGGGCCAUAUUGGCGGAUGGCUAACGGUGCGAUGUCAGUAUAAACCGGCAUGGGAGCCCUACGUGAAGUGCAGGGGAGAGGACUGGGAAUCCUGCCAGAUGAUGGUGAAAUCCUCAGGACCAGAGGCAACUAACGGCCGAGUGUCCAUCCGAGACAAUCGUGGAAACCACAACAUCGAAGUGACCAUGGUGAAUCUGGAGGCAGGAGACACGGACACUUACUGCGUGCACCUCGGGAUCAUGGUCUUCUUGAAGGUCCCCAUCUUGGUGCGUUUGGUCUGUGCGGUGGUCUGGGUGAACAGGCUGCGGAAGAGCGGAGAUAGCCUCAGCAGCGACUUCCCAACGGCCUCAACUUCCAGUCCAAGGGAGGUGGGUUUGUGUUUUCCAGACUGUGUUUCUUGGGAGGUGACGGGCCCCCAGUCCGUGAGGGUCCCUCUUGGCGGAUCGCUGACAGUGCGAUGUCAGUAUAAACAGGAAUGGAAGUCCAACGUGAAGUGGUGGUGCAGGGGAGAGCAAUGGUCAUCCUGCCAAUUCAUGGCGAAAUCCUCUGGAUUCGAGACCAGUGGCCGAACAUCCAUCCAAGACAGACGUGGGAACCUCACCUUCAUAGUGACCAUCGUGAACCUUGAGGCGGGAGACACAGACACCUACUGGUGUGGGAUUGAGAAAGCACUAAGAGAUCAUGGACAUCGUGUCAAAGUGACCGUUUCCCCACACCAUCUAUCCCUGAGCGGCCCCAGGGAGGUGAGUGCUGCAGUGGGAGAAAACCUGACAGUGCGGUGUCACUACGAGCAGCGCCUGCAGGCAGAGGAGAAAUCCUGGUGCCGAGGACCCCGUUGGGGGGCCUGUGGUCCCAUGGCCACCACACGGGGGGCAAGGAGCCAGGGGACGGCUGGCCGGGUGUCCAUCUUGGAUGACUGGGACAGCUACACAUUCACGGUGACCAUGGAGAAGCUCUCCUGGAGAGACUCAGACACAUACUGGUGUGUCAUGCACACGGAGGGAGCUGAGCUGGGGCUUCCGGUCAUUGUGAAGGUUUCUCCCGCAACAACACGGAUGACAGUAACAACCAAAGGAACUCCCAAACUGACUAGCUCCGCGCAAGAAUCCUCGAACACAGACAGCGGUUCUUCAGAAUGGGAGAUUGUCAAAGAUCUCAGGCUCCUACUACCCCUGAUAUUUGCAAUUCUGUUGAUUCUGUUGGUGGGGAUUUCCCUAGUGGCAUGGAGGAUGGUGUUGAGUCAGAAGAAAGGAGAUGAAGUGUCUGCUGCCACCCUGAAUUUGCAAGAGUUCCCAGGGCCACAGGACAGGGUGUGUUACAAAAAUCUGAUACUUCAUCGACGAAAAGCCGACCCAUCCCCACUGAACUCCCAUGGGGCCGCGGCGACCUCCACUCAAUCUUUCCAGACCCAGAGCUCCUAUGACGAAGUGGAAUAUGCAAUCAUGGGUUCCAUCCAGACAAAGGACAUUUCCUACGCCUCAUUGACUCAGCUCACACCAGGCUCGAACCCAACCUAUGACAACGUGAAGCCCUUCAACUCCACCCACCCUCGGCAAGACUGGCAGGUGGAAACCGAGUACUCCGUGAUCCAGUAGCCCCUUCCCGCACCCUCCCUCCGGGUCCUGCCUCUCUGACAUUGUCGUCUCUUCUGUCUCCGGAUCUGUCCUCACCAGGACUCGGUCAGGACCUGAGUAGCCAGCUCCCCAGUGCUUUGUUCUUGACUCAACUGUUGAGAGCCACCAUCUUGGGGAAGAAUGCUAAUGAGAAGCGAUGGAUGAGUAUACCCUGAGGGGGAUAGAAGUGAACCAACUUGAGCCUGUGGGAAACCCACUUUAUCCCACUGGGCUGGAGUUUGUUACCAAUAUCGAUCAUAUUCCAUGAACACCUGUGGGUGAAGCACAGAACCAGGCCUGUGAAGAACAAUCAUUCCCCAGUAACUGACAGGGAAGCUGGAGAAUCCUACCUUGAUAUUAACUUUUUUAACGGUAUUUUCAUUCAGUUUAUUCAUUCAU